AUGUCGAGGGGGCCGUCGUUGGCGCCGGCCAUCCUAGACGCAUUCUCAAAUCUCAAUGUGGCGCCGGCACGCCUGCGCCAGAUCUGCGAUCACGUGUUGAGCCAGCUUGGAUCGUACAGCCCAGAGUGCCUUCAGUCGUCAUCAAGUUUCUCAUGCAGCAAGGUGGCGCUGUUGUUGAGGGGAGUGGCAGAUGUUGCCGCAACUACCAUGGCCCAGCCGAUCACCGCCCUCGAUCUGCUUGUGCUUGUGCUGCUGCUUCACCACCAGAACGCCCACCGCCGCGGCGCGGAGACCACCGUCAUCAAGCUUGCAAGCACGGGCCGGCUCACCGCUGCCAUGGCUGCUGCCAUGUUUGCCAGACACACGCGCGCGUUCUUGAUGUGCUUCAAGUCGAUUGCACAGGAGGUGGACGCAGCCACGCCUGUGCUGCUGCUGUCGCUGGCCACAGACCACCCGAAGCUGCUGCACUCGUUUGCGCUCAUGUUGAACGGCAUCCUGGACUGUCUGAGCAACCUGCACUUCAUCCACAUCUGGCAGCUCUUCCGUGUCCUGACCACGCUCACGUUUGACCGCCAGCGCAUCCCCGCCGCAGGCCUCAUCGAUGACGAGAACGAGGAUGAGCUGAAACGCAUCGACACCAUCGCCGCCGCCACCGUCACCCACACCUGGCUCGCUCUUGCCAACGACGCAGGCAUCUCCAUCGACGGCGACCAUCUCUCCUCGCUUUUGCAGGUAUUGCAGCUCAUCUAUGUCGACAAGAGUACGAACGGGUGUGCCCCACACGCGGGGGAGAUGUACUCCAACUUCUCGCCUGAGUACACGCGCGCCCGCGAGGUGGGCAAGGACACGCACGUGGUCGUCAGCGAGAAGACGCUGGAGGCGCCGUUCGAGACGAAGCUGACGCUGCUGUCGGGAAUUGCCGCCGUGUUCGCGGGCAUGAUGCGCAGCAAGACCGUCGUGGAGCUUCUCGCACGAGGCCGCGUGCUUGCCACCUCGCCUGCACGGCAGGAGGUGGUCGGGGCCCUGGUGGCGCACAUUGGCACGGGGCAGGCACAGGAGGUGGACGCAGCCAUGCCUGUGCUGCUACUGUCGCUGGCCACAGACCACCCGAAGCUGCUGCACCCAUUUGCGCUCAUGCUGAACGGCAUCCUGGACUGCCUGAGCAACCUGCACUUCAUCCACAUCUGGCAGCUCUUCCGUGUCCUGACCACGCUCACGUUUGACCGCCAGCGCAUCCCCGCCGCAGGCCUCAUUGACCACGAGAAGGAGGAUGAGCUGAAACGCACCGGCACCAUCGCCGCCGCCACCGUCACCCGCACCUUGUUCGCUCUUGCCAACGACGCAGACAUCUCCAUCGACGACAACCAUCUCUCCUCGCUGUUGCAGGCAUUGCACUUCAUCUAUGUCGACAACACCAACAGCCAUCAAGAGCAAGCACAUCUAUCGGGAUGCGUGAACGGGGAUGGCGGACUCACCAUUGACCCACCGCCACCACAGCCGUUUGGCUUCAGGUCGCUCGCCGACCCCGGCAGGCACGUGUGGAGGCCGCCGGGAUCCCCAAGCGCACGUUCCAGCACAACAACACCCUCAACACGAUUGUGGUUUGAGCAGACGGACGGGACGCGCGCGCGCGAAGUGGGCAAGCACACGCUCGUGGUCGUCAACGAGAAGACGCUGCAGGCGUCAUGCGAGACGAAGCUGAAGCUGCUGUCGGGGAUUGCCGCCGUGUUUGCGGGCACAGUGCGCUGCAAGACCGACGUGGCAUUUCUCCGCACGUGCAGGGUUGCAGAAGCACGCUGCCGGGACGCGGACGUCUUCUUGUUCCUGAUGUCGCUGCAGCCCUUUGUAUGGUGGAACCUGUCGCUGGGGACGGACAACCUGAACCCGGAGGACGGAGACGGCGGCAGAGCGUGGGCCUGCAGCGACAACGUGCUGUUCCGCACGGUGGCGGACAACGAGGACAGGCUGGCGACCCAGCCCUCCCGACAGGCUGCUGUCCGCCGUGCACGCUGGGCAACUGAACCCGCUGUCGAUACCGCCGCACGUUCCCGUGCUGAUGGAACUACUUUUCCACCGGCCGCACCCUGGAGCUGA